CUGAGGGCGGCGCGCACCAUGGCGGCGCCCUUGCUGAGCGCGGCGCUGUGCGGCGUUCGGAGCGGGCGGGCCUUCGGCACGGCUGCUGCGCUCUGCAAGCGGGCAGCCCCGCUGGGGCCCAUGCCCAACGAGGAUAUUGACGUCAGCAACUUGGAAACGCUGGAAAAAUACCGCAGUUUCACUCGCUAUUUCAAACUGGCGGAAAAGGAGAGCAGGAAGCCCCGCUGGUGGAAGACGUACUGGCAGCACACCAACCCCCAGCCAGAGCCAAAGACCGACAUCAGCCUGCCACAUGGUAAGCGGCUGCGGGCAAAGGAAAUCAAGGAAAGAAAAAAGAUCCUGAGGGAAAACCGCCAGAAUGCUGAGAUGGAGAGAGCAGCGCGGCUCCGGACUGCGCUCAUCCCCCUCGAUGAAGUCCGAGCUGAGUGGGAGAAGACCAGUGGCCCGUUCCACAAGCAGCGUGUGGCAGAGCGUUGCGGGAUAUUUCGUGAUUUGUUCAAGGGGGCCACCUUCACCCCCUGGGUUACUUUGAGGGUGGAGUACAACCAAGAAGACGAGCACUUCGUGCCAGUCUAUUAUGGCAACAUGGUGACUCCAUCUGAGGCUUCUAGUCCCCCUGCAGUGUCCUAUGAAGCAGGUAAAGGCUCCCUCUGGACUUUGUUGCUGACAAAUCCAGAUGGACAUUUAAGAGACACGGAGUCGGAGUACCUGCACUGGCUGGUGACAAACAUCCCAGGCAACGACAUCAAGUCGGGUAAGGAGAUCUGCCACUACUUGCCCCCCUUCCCUGCCAUGGGAACUGGCUACCAUCGCUUCAUCUUCCUCCUCUUCAAGCAAGACUGCCCCAUAGAUUUCAGCGAGGAUGUUCGGCCAACGCCAUGCCACAGCCUCAAGAUGCGAACCUUCAGCACGUUUGACUUCUACAGAAAGCACGAGGAUGCGAUGACCCCGGCGGGGCUGGCGUUCUUCCAGUGUCAGUGGGACAGCUCCGUCACCUCCGUCUUCCAUCAGCUGCUCAACAUGAGGGAGCCUGUGUUUGAGUUCGUGCGGCCGCCCGUUUACCAUCCUCCACAGUUAAAGUUCCCCCGCCACCAGCCUCUGAGGUACCUGGACAGAUACCGAGACACCCAGGAGCCCACCUACGGCAUUUAUUAGGGGCCUGGCAGCCCCUCGAGGUGCUCUGGUGUACGCUGGGGUGCCGGCCAGGCAGACAGGGCUGCCACCUUCCCUGCAUUCACAAAGUCUCAGCCCAUCGGCUCCCAGUUUCCCCUGUGCGAGGAGAUGGGGGUAGCAGGGAUUCCGUGGUGCUGGCAGCUGUGUGGUCAGAGGGUACUUAAAAAGGAGGUUUGUAGAUAAAAGCAAAUCUCUGAUGAGGCUGAAAUCUUGCUACUGAUUGUGUAGCAGAGCUGGUCAGUCAGGGUGGUGGGGCAGACUCACCCAAAGAUGCCCUGCCUUGUUUCUCUCAAAGGAUCGUGUUCUUUUUUUGCCCGUUUAUGGAACAAACAGAGCCAGGCCAGCCUGGAUUUCCUCCCCUCACAGCGCUGUGAUUCAGGGCUGCCUUGGCUUUCAUUUGUACAGUCCUCUUAAAGAGAUGGGUCUGAUUAAACACACUCUGAGUGAU